UUGCAAAAUGCAGUGUGGCCAACGAGGAGCGCGGGGUUUUUUUCGUUUAAAUUUUACAAGUCUUCACGAAUUCACUCUUCGCAUUUCUCUUUUAUAAGUACUUACAAGUAGUUUUACGUCCUGGGUCUUUGGAUGUUUAAUUGUUUCUUCGAUUUUACUGUUAAUUAGUUGAUCAGCGUGCUCGGAAUUCAUCAGCCAAAUGUAGUCGACGCAGGUGUUUUCUGAGAAUGGUGUUACUAUCAGAAGAUGGUUCUUAUAAUCUUAUUGUUAGCAAAUAUAUGCGCGUGUUAUAUCUGUAGAAGUACUGAUCAUACAGUUCAUUCUUCCUUGUAUUCAUUCUAUCAUACGUUUCGCUGCACACCAUGUCGACCAUUAUUCUAACCGAAUGGUCCUUGGCCAUGUUCGAGCCAGUCCUGGACUGGAACCCAUCAUUCCCUAAUUUAGAACGCGCAACCCAGAACUUCGCUGCGCGAACCCUAUCUGGUGGCGUAUCUUCAAUGUCUUUGAACGAAACGACAUCACGGCUUCUGUCCCAGCCAACACGAUUAGACAUUGCGUUGACGGGAGUGAAAUCAUUAUCAAAUAAGAUUUUGCGACUGACGGGGGGCUCAUCUAACGGACCAAAUACGGAAACCCUGAUCUUCGCCACUUUUGAUAGCUCACAGCAGUUGGGGAAUCCCGUCGGUCAGUACCAGGAGUUUUAUGAAAAAUUGUGUAACGGGAUCAAUUCGUCUCCCCCGUCCAAGAUCUCCUAUGUAUCCAUGAUUCAGCUCCUGCGUGCUGUGGUUCCCAGUGUGAAAUCUCCAGCUGUGGCUGUUAUCUUCGUACCGUCCAACCGGAACGUCGUGGCUGUCAACGAGUUCCUUGAUCUCUCCACUGAAGCACGCGACGCCUUGCUCCCUCUUCCGAACGGAUGCUCAUUGAUCUUCGUGCUUGUUCCUCGUGGAAACCCGGAUCCUCUGUCAUCCAUGGAUUUCUUCAAAACACUGGUGGCGCUCAACAAUUCGCAUGGGCAGAUCUGCGUGUGUGAUGAGAUGUCGAUCGACAAAUUCUCGUCCUCACUGUACGAGCCUUUUUUUGCCAGUUUGAAAUUAGGCAGCAUUUCGGGCCGGAUCCAGCUGCACCCGAAUCCACAUUCUUGGCGCGGGGGGCAGCAUGAUUUGUCUAAUGAACUGACUGUCAUCGGCACGAUGGAUCGCAUGGCGAUGGAUAAAUUAUAUCCCACUCGUCCGUAUUAUGUUCUGCCAGUUCCCGGUCAACAGAACGGCGACACGGCCGAUUGUGGGUUGGAGCCGCAUUUUGGUCCACUUCUCCACGCCGCUCUGCGCUUAAUGCAGGGUAAAGUGGUGCUGGUGUCCGUGGCGACUGAUUGGUUCGGCUACAUUGAACCGGUCGAGGAUCCCAAAACGAAGAAGCGCUCCAUCCUCGUGUUGAAUUUAUUCCCGAAAGGUUUUUCGCUCGCUCCGGGAGGCGUAGCGGUUCUGGAGGAAUCAGACACUGUGAAGAAGGAUGAGGAUGAUGCGCCGAGUUAUUCCUCGAAAGAUUUCACGCCGGUAUGGACCAGCGCGGAAGCCGUGCAGUCGGAUGUCGGACGAGUGCUGCGAUUUGCGCGAAAAUUACCGGACAAAGUGGAGACAUUCUAUAAGGAGCUGAAUAAAGUGCGACUGCAUGCCUUAUCGAGCUGUAAUUUUCAGUUGCUUGACGCGCUGGCUGAGAUGCUGAUGAGGGAGUGCCAGUUGGCGGCCAGUUCUGCCGGAGCGGCAGAGCUGAAUAAUGUUGUUCUGCAGCUCAAACAGGAAGGACAGAGUGAUGCUUGCAGCCCUCUGAGAUCGUCGGAUGGCCGAGUGUUUCCGCUGUACGAAUGAUUGUUAUGCAGAUUAAACUUAUUCCGCAUUUUUUAUUUAUAGCAAAGAUUUUUUAUUCCGCACUUUGUUAAUUUUUACAGUUUUCAUUUUGUGGGAACUUGGACGGAAGUUCGUACGUUUAGUUGACUUCUACCGUACCUAUUCCUUGCGAAUCUGUGAACGCGUAUCAAAAACUGCAACUGAAGUCAUUAUUGCCAGA